UGUAUUCCCGGCUGCACUUCCUCGCCUUCCCCCGCACCCUCUCCAGCUCCGCUGCGGCUCUCGCGUCGGGACUAAACUUGCUAAAAAACCACCAGAAAUGUACCGGUACUUCGGAGGGCUCCUGGCCCGGGGAGCCGGCAGCAGCAGCGUCCUGGUCCGGGGAGCCGACUCGGCUCUCCCGGCGGCGUCCGCGUCUCUGCUGCGGCACCGCGGCUACAGCCAGGCCGUGGACCGGGACGACGACCCGAACUUCUUCACCAUGGUGGAGGGCUUCUUCGACAAGGGAGCCGCCAUCGUGGAGAACCAGCUGAUGGAGGGCCUGAAGACCCGGGAGACCCCCGAGAUGAAGACGAAGCGGGUCCGCGGGAUCCUGCGGCUCAUCAAGCCGUGCAACCACGUCCUGAGCGUCUGUUUCCCCAUCAAGAGGGACAACGGAGAGUGGGAGGUGAUCGAGGGCUACCGGGCCCAGCACAGCCAGCACCGGACCCCCUGCAAGGGAGGUAUCCGUUACAGCACUGACGUGUCUGUGGACGAGGUGAAAGCUCUGGCCUCGCUGAUGACCUACAAGUGUGCCGUCGUUGAUGUGCCGUUUGGUGGAGCCAAAGCUGGAGUCAAGAUCAACCCCAGGAAUUACUCUGACAACGAGCUGGAGAAAAUCACCCGAAGGUUCACCAUCGAACUCGCCAAGAAAGGAUUCAUCGGGCCGGGUAUCGAUGUCCCGGCUCCUGACAUGAGCACCGGGGAGAGGGAGAUGUCCUGGAUCGCCGACACCUUCGCCACCACCAUGGGACACUACGACAUCAACGCUCACGCCUGUGUCACUGGGAAGCCCAUCAGCCAGGGAGGGAUCCACGGCCGCAUCUCCGCCACCGGACGGGGAGUCUUCCACGGCAUCGAGAACUUCAUCAACGAGGCGGCGUACAUGAGCCAGCUGGGCAUGUGUCCCGGCUUCCAGGACAAGACCUUCGUCAUCCAGGGUUUCGGUAACGUGGGUCUUCACACGAUGCGUUACCUUCAUCGAUUUGGGGCGAAAUGUGUCGGAGUCGGAGAGAUGGACGGAAACAUCUGGAACCCCAAAGGCAUCGACCCCAAAGAGCUGGAGGACUACAAACUGAGCAACGGGACCAUCGUGGGCUUCCCGAACGCGACGCCAUACGAAGGAAGCAUCCUGGAGGCCGACUGUGACAUCCUGAUCCCCGCCGCCAGCGAGAAGCAGCUGACCAAAAGCAACGCCCACAAGAUCAAGGCCAAGAUCGUGGCUGAGGGAGCCAACGGGCCGACCACGCCUGAAGCCGACCGCAUCUUCCUGGAGAGAAACGUCCUGGUGAUCCCGGACAUGUACCUGAACGCGGGUGGAGUGACUGUGUCGUACUUUGAGUGGUUGAAGAAUCUGAACCACGUCAGUUACGGUCGACUCACCUUCAAAUACGAGAGAGACUCCAACUACCACCUGCUCAUGUCGGUUCAGGAGAGUUUAGAGAGGAAGUUUGGGAAACACGGAGGAGCCAUUCCUGUCGUUCCCACCUCCGAGUUCCAGGAACGCAUCUCCGGAGCCUCAGAGAAGGACAUCGUGCACUCCGGACUGGCCUUCACCAUGGAGCGCUCUGCCAGGCAAAUCAUGCGUACAGCGAACAGGUAUAACCUCGGUCUGGACCUGAGGACGGCGGCGUACGUCAACGCCAUCGAGAAAGUCUUCCAGGUUUACAACGAGGCCGGUCUCAUCUUCACAUAGACGUCUCCGUCCUCCAGCUCCUACCUGUCUGUCUGUCUGUCUGUCUGUCCUCCUGUCUGUCUGUCCUCCUGUCUGUCUGUCUGUCUGUCUGUCUGUCUGUCUGUCCUCCUGUCUGUCUGUCUGUCUGUCCUCCUGUCUGUCUGUCCCCCUGUCUGUCUGUCUGUCCUCCUGUCUGUCUGUCCCCCUGUCUGUCUGUCUGUCUGUCCCCCUGUCUGUCUGUUUCCCUGUCUGUCUGUCCCUGCAGGUUUGCUUCAGUCUGCGUUUACAGUUUCUUCAGUAAAAAGAACCUCGUCGUGUUUCGUCGUGUUCAUUCCUUCUUCUUCUUCUUUUCUUCACGUCUGUUUACCUUUUUGUUCUUCUUCUGAAACGCCGCCAUGCUGCUUCAAACACAUAUCAACCAAAUAUUUAGAGAACGUAUCUGAACGCCUAAAAGCCUUAAAACGCUGCAUGGCUGAAAGUCUGAGGACACGAGCCGAAACGCCAGGAAGAGAUUCAAUGUUACGUUUCUGCUGCACAAAACUUAAGAUACAUUAAACUAAGUUCCUAAAAUAAUCUGGUGAUUCAUUUAGAAUAAAAUCUCCUCAUGUGAGAGGCUUUAAAUCUGAAUGAAAUGUUUCUGUCGAGGCGUCCACAGACUUUCGGCCGCUCGUGUUUCUUUGUUUGCCUCCAAAGAUUUGUUAAGUUUUUGUGUAACGCAGCAACAUGUGCCUCAGGUUUAUAUUUACUGCCUUAAAGAGGUUAAAGUUACUUUAUUAAAGGGUCAUUCUGCUGUUUGUGUGUUUGAAUCAUCCCUCACGUAUUUACAUUAUACAUUUAACUUCAAAACUUCCUGCAGAUUUAUCACCCCGACAAAAUGAUUUCUGUAGCUGCUAAACCUGUAAAAUAACAACAAAUAAGACAAAAUAACAACAUUUAACAAAAAUGUUCAGCCUUUUGUCUUGUUUUUGAAGCAAACAAAUGUUAAUGUUAAAUUUCAGCCUCUCCGCGCAGAAAUCUUCAGAUUUGUUGGUUCAAACAUGAAAACUCUGGAAUGAUCCUUUAGCUUUUAGCUUCCAGUGCUAACAGGCUGUUAGCUCUUUGCUCAUCCUGUCUGCUGUUACAGAAAGUUUUCUGGCUUUAAAACCAAAGAAAAAAAACUUUGUUUACCUUCAGGUCAGGGCACAGCUGCAGCUAAUGCUAAUGCUAAUCUAUGCAGUUAAACGGAGCAAUAUAUAUUAUGAGAUAAAAUACUAGACUUGUGUCAAAGUUCUGCAUCAGACAAAAGUCCAAUAAAAAAGAUGUGAUGGUGGACGAGGGAACGACUUCUUACAACAAACAACUAAACGUCCUGUAAAAGCUGUUAAAGGUGCAGUUUGUCAUCCAGAGAUAAAGGGGGCGCUGUUUCCCCUCGGACAGUCCACAGUUACACCUAAAGGUGUGUGAUGAACGUGAAACGAUUGUGGAAUAAAUCAUGUACUUGUAAACAAACUGCAGCUUUAACGUUUUUACUGGAUAAAUACUUUAAAACAAACUUAACAGAUACUGUACCGCCUUCUCUCUGAGCUGUGACUCCUCCUGCGGGGACGUUUUGUUUUAUGAGGACUCGUCUGAUGCCGAACUUUGACUCUUCCUGACUAUGCAAACCUCACUGCUGACUGGUGUCCGGGCCCCGUGGGGUCCCUGUGGAGGGCCCCGGGGCCUCAGGCUGCUCACCAGACGCACAAAUCAAAGCUUUGGCUGUGUGUUUAGUGCCACAGCGCCCCCUCACUGCCACGCGCCGCACUGCAGCUCAGCAGCUGGUUAACGAGCUGCUCUGGUGUGAAACCCGACACCCGACACCUGUCACCUGACCUGUGGGGCGGGACGAGCUGUGUGAGGAAAAUGUUUCUGCUUUGGGAUUCUGUGAGGAAGUUUUUACGCCUUUUUGUCAAAAUGUUACAGCAAAAUAAAGCACAAAAAAUCACACGUUU